AUGUCCGCUCCAACAGGGCAAUUUCACAGGCUGUCCAUUGGCCGAAACAUGGCAGAUACAGCACUGCCUGCUAGAACCCGCGCGGGGCGACCGGACUCUUCCGAUAGUGAUCAUGGGGAGGACAGCUCAGAGAGUUCUAGUCGGGAGGAGGAGGAAGAAAGCAGCGAUGAGCAGUCCGAAUCAACUAGCGCCUCCCUCCUCGCACCGUCCGGCAUCACCUAUGACCUCAGCCAACUAGAUUCCGAAUCUGAAGCUAGGGCCUUUGUGGGCUUGACCGGCCGUUUUGAUGUCGUCAACUGUCGCUCUACUCCCGCCGGGUAUGACUUUCAGCUGAUGGAUCGGCCACAAGUGCACAUUGGCUCCGAUUCAUCUACCUGCACUUGCCCAGUCUUCCAGGAUCGACCGGAGGGGGCGUGUCAGCACAUCUUUUGGCUCGUCGACCAACUGCACAGCUGCUUCCUCUCCAUGCCUCAGUCGACGGAGGUGACACUGAGUCCAGACGGACGUCCGGACCGCCUCCCUCGCAUUGAGGACCUCCUGAAGGGUAAUCUGAUGUCGGUGGCGGCGCAACUCAAGUGGCAGUGCCUACGGGACGAGGAGGAUGGGAUGACGCGGACAGAAAAGGUCCGCGACAUCUUCUCUGCAUUCAGCAAACGGACUCUCCCAGAAGACGCCCGCCGGGACUUGACAGAGACAAUUGAGCAAGCACGAACCGCAGAGCAGUGCGUGGUCCAAGGAGAUUUCGAGGCGACGAUGUUCCGACUUGCAGUGCACGACGACGCGGUUUUCGACAGCCUCUGCAAAGCGAUGCCCGCAGGCGCAUGUGCAGCCAUCUACUUCGACAAAGUACAAGAGCAGUCGCGCCGACUACUAAGCGACUUCGACCGAUACUGCACAACCGGCGAGUUGCCCGCGGACCCCGUGAGCCCAGGCCUGGGCAUAGAAGUCAACGACGUCGUAACACAGCUCCAACGUUCUGUAUCCCGGAUUGCAGUCAACAUCGCAGCACGUGCCCCGCACGGCUCGGAAGGCGCCGCCGAAGCCCUCGUGUCUCUCCUAGAGUCAGUCGUGGCUCGCAAUAGCGAUCCCCUCGAAGGAAAUCCCCUAGGCCGCCAGUCCUUCCACGGCGAAGACGAGGACCAACGCAAUCUAUAUUACUUGCUCAUUGGGUCGGUCGAAACAGACUCCGAAACAGACGCGCGGCACUUUGUCCUGAACGCGCUUGAUGCCCUGCCGCCGGUGGACCUGCACCAAUGCGCCAACCGCCUACGUGACAUCCUCCGCAAGCUCGAAGUCAACCGUGCCCCGAAGCCAUAUCUGCUUCAUCUAGGAUCGUUGAUCCGUAUCGCUGAUUCUGCCGCUGCCGUUGCUGGGGGAUCUGGACAGAAGCGACCGGCGGCCGGGAAUGAAAAUUCCGGGGGCUACUCAAAACGAACCCGCUGA